AUGGACUCAAAUGAAGUUCACGAAGCUGUCAGAAGUUCGGAAACUGGCACACACCAAGACAGCGGUGAAGUGAUAGAAAUUGAAAGCUGUGCAGAAGAUGAAAUAGAGAUUCAGAGGGCUUCUGAGCUGCGACAGCACUCUUCGGGCCCAAGAAGAGACCGAUCGGGCCGUUUCAGGCCUGAACAAUUACGUUCUUCUAGCAGCGAUGGAAAUGUUCAAGACGUAAACGAAGACAAUGAUGAUUUGGAAGUGGUAAAUGAGGUAGUAGUCGAUGAUGGCGGGCCUUUGGACCCCGAGGCGGAAUAUAUCGACCUCGAUAACGAGGGCGUCAUCACCGUGGCUCAAAUAAGGCCUCGACUGCCGUCUAUGGGCACUGCCAACAACGAGGACGAGGACGUCGUGUUUCUCGGGCAAAACACUACAAACUCAAGUUUUGUUUUGAACCUACCCGGUGGUGAGCGUCUACUUAUCACUGGUAGUUCACACGAACAGCCCAUCAGAAGAUCAUUUCAAAAUCAGGUACCCAGACCAGUACCGAUAAUCGACAGCUCACGUUCCUGGAGGAGACGGAUUGAACGUGCUGCAGCUAGUGCUCGGCAAAAUCUAAGCUGGUCUAGAGGUGCUCCAAGCGACAGGCAAUCGAUAUUCCACGAGCGACGUCGAAUAGACGAAUCACGACAAGCGCGAAAUAAUCGACAGUUACGACAAAAUGCAAGAAGGCAGACACCGAUGUCGUGGACUCGCCAUGUUUUGGGCCAUUCUGAUUUUGCCAGCUUUCAAUCUCGGCUCUCCAUGCUCCCAGGGAGCGUUCGUGCCGCUUUUGACGAAGCACUAUCCAUCGACGAGUUUCGGGCCGUUUUGGAGGCUAGAGACAGAGAAAGCUACGAGCAGAACUUGGAAGAAUUAACAGUUUUGUAUGCGCAGUAUCGCGAAAUGGUGACAAAUUCAAACGAACAAAAUCUCAGCAACGAAGGCAGAACCGGGCGAAACAGUUUUAAUUGGGCACAAGUUCUGGGGAACUACACGGGCCAAAACGGUCCACCAUAUGGCCUUACAAGGACGUGGGCUCCGCCGCAUUUGAGUGGUUAUUUUGGUAGGGAGCCAGACGAAGUUCGGGAAACACAGGGCAUUAUCGAGAUGAUUCAGGCUCGCGAAGAAUUAGAAAGCGAUAAUCGCAAGCGGAAGCUGAUGGAGAGUACCAAGGGAAAGCGAGAAACAUUUUUGAAAGAGGCCAAGGGCUUGACUGAGGGCUACAGUGCGUCGUUCGAUCCCACAGUCAAGUUCGAGACGCCGAAUGAGCUUAACAAUAAAGCAGAGAUUAUCGCUUUGGAAGACGAUGAAGCCAACGAAAUAGAAGUCCCCGCCUGCACCAUUUGUGGUGUAGAGCUGGGUGUGGGUAUUCCCGAUGACUACGCAGGGAUGAGUGCUUUGGAUGGAGAUAAGUCUUUCGAGCAGCUAAUUGACAAAUACCAUUUUCAUUGUCCAUACCAAUCGCUUCGAAGUUUCAGUGUUGCAGACAGAGACCUGUCGCGACGAACAUUCGUGGCCAGUUGUGGCCAUAUGUUCUGUGGACGUUGUUUUAAGAGAAUCGAUACAGCAAGGAACUCGAACAAGAAGAAUGCUAAAAAGCUCAAAGAAGCGAAGGGACCUUCAAACCCAGACAAUUACGGUCCCAGUCAAUGUCCUGCCGAUAAGUGUAGAAACAAGCUGCGACAAAAGUUCAAGAUGACAGAGGUGUUCUUCUGA